GAGAAUGGAAGGGCUUGUGUGGAGGAUUUUACUGCUGUCAACAAUGACCGUUUUUAAAAAGGUUUCGGCCAUCACAUUUUGUGAACAGUCUGCCAUGACAGUUAGAUACGUUGAAGAAUGUCCAACACACUUCAGAUCGUGGGAAAUUGCGGCCAAAAAGAUGAACUGUGAAUCCAUUGAAGAGCGUUGCUCAGAUUCCUUCAACACCAGGCGACAUCAGUUCCAGUACCAUUGCGUCAUCAAUGCUUGGAGGAAUGCCACUUUGGAAGUGUGUGCCCUUAAUAGAACUAUAUUUGGUUAUUGUACAGAGUACAACAUUUACGGGACGGUGAUACAAGACGACUAUGGAGCAGACUGUACAAAGUUUAACCCACCAUGUCCAAAAUCGUACAACUCAGCAGAGGCAUACAAGUAUCAAACUUGCUAUGAUCUGGUGAUAAAAAAUCGUAGGAUGAGAGAAUACACAGUUACAGAUUUGAAGCAUCCCAAUUCGACCCCAGAAAGAGUCUGUGGAAAGUUGGCCUUACCAAUUCUGACCAUUCUGUUUGUGAUUCAAACGCAUGUUUUGUAA